AUGGCCGUCGCAGCUCGCCAUCCCCGACCAAGGACGAGUUGGCGCCAGGUCUUCACGCCGGGAUCCAGCGUCACAGAAUCCUGGCUGUGGCAGCUCGCCAAGUCCCAUGUCCUGGCUCAUGACACCGGCUACCACCAGCUCGUUAGCCACUGGCUGAGGACGCACGGUUGUGUUGAACCGUACAUCAUCGCGGCUAACCGGCAGCUGAGCCGGAUGCACCCCGUCUACCAGCUGCUGCACCCGCACUUCCGGUACACCAUGGAGAUAAACGCUCAGGCGCGCCAGAUGCUCAUCGACGCGGGUGGGAUCAUCGAGAGCACCUUUUCGCCGGGAAGAUACUGCAUGGAGCUCAGCUCCGUGGUUUACGACAAGUUCUGGCGGUUCGUCAUGGAGGCUCUGCCGGAAGAUCUCAUCCGGAGGGGCAUGGCGAUCAGAAGGGAGGAUGGCAAACUGGGGUUGGCCAUAGAGGACUACCCGUACGCCAACGAUGGCCUCAUGGUCUGGGAUGCCAUCAAGCAGUGGGCGUCCGACUACGUGAAGUGCUACUACUCAUGCGCGGAGGACAUCAUCGACGACCAGGAGCUCCAAGGUUGGUGGACGGAGGUGCGAACCAAAGGCCACGAGGAUAAGAAGGACGAGCCGUGGUGGCCGGUGCUGGACAGCCACGAGAGUCUCGUCCAAGUCUUGGCCGCCAUCAUGUGGGUCACGUCCGCGCACCACGCCGCCGUCAACUUUGGCCAGUACCCCAUGGCUGGGUACAUCCCCAACCGCCCAACCACAACCCGGAAGAACAUGCCGCCGGAGAUGGGCGGCCCCGACUCCAAGGAGAUGCGCGCGUUUCUGGAGGAGCCGGAGAGGGUGCUGCUGGACACCUUCCCAUCCCAGUACCAGAGUGUCGUGGUCAUGCUGGUACUGAACCUCCUGUCCUCACACUCGCCAGACGAGGAAUACAUGGGCACGUACCAAGAGCUUGUUUGGAGCAAGGAAGAGAAGAUCAAAGAGGCUUUUGACAGGCUCAAAUCCAAAAUGAUAGACAUCGCGGCGCAGAUCGACAUGAUGGGGAUGGGCAUCCCGUACAGCAUCUCCAUUUGA